AUGCAGCUCCAGCUUCCAUUUCGUGAUUUGUUCCCGAGACCAUCUAUACGGGUUUCUCUAUGUCAGGACCCUCUAGAGCACCCGGAUGUCCAUUCAUUUGAAUGUCCUUGUUGUCCCGGCUGUUCAAUAUGCGGUCCUGGUGAUCCUGCAGUGACUAGGGGGGAGAAUAUUAAGAAUGUCCCUUCCGUUCGCACGAGCUACCAAGAGGAAGAAAGCUCAGAUCCUCCCUUAGACAACAACAUCAAAGUAUGCAUUAUCGGGGCCGGGGUUGCAGGUCUGUAUCUCGCCCUAAUUUUGCAAGAUUUGGAGAUCCCAAACCUUUCCUGGGAUAUCCUCGAGGCCAAUCGUGAUCGCAUUGGCGGCCGCAUUUAUACCCAUCGCUUCUCUGAGGCGCACAAUGACUACUAUGACGUAGGCGCAAUGCGGUUUCCAGAUAUUCCUAUUAUGUCUCGAGUCUUUGAUCUUUUUCGCCGAAUGCAAGUGCCAUUGAAGGAAUUUGAAAUGCGAGAAAGAAACAUGAACACGAGGGGCAGUGACAUCUCCAAGACUAGAGAUAGCUCAUCAGCGAAUCUUGUCAGUCAAUGCUUCGGCCCCUAUAAGAGGGUCAUGCAAAACGAUUUUGUGAAGGGGUUCCAGCUCUUGAUGCAAGCCGAUGCAAUGAGCACCCGUGAAUACCUCCGAGGCAGCCACAAGUCAGACUUUAUGGCAAUCCAGUUUGCCGAGAGCGACACAACUGGCACAGGCGCUUUUGAUCAAGCCUUCUCAGAAAGUGUCAUGGACUCUUUCGACCUUGAUCAAUUCACGACAGGGUCCGAGAACAGUGGGGCAGCUAAAUGGUAUUCUGUUGAUGGCGGCUCUUCCGUGCUGAUCGAGCGAAUGUGCGAUCAAAUAAACAGAAGUAGCACAAUCGAGCUCGGAAAACAAGUUCGCCAAAUUGCCAUCAAUAGUAGCGCCGAUCUGUCCGUGUCAUGUGCGGGCGAGCAAGAUGCUCGCGAUGGGUACGCGACGGUGUUCAGCACUACACCAUUAGCAUGUCUGCAACGCAUUGACACUAGCUCACUCCGUCUUGACCCUGUUCAAGAGGAAGCCAUCCGGUGUUUGCGGUAUGAAGACUCUACUAAGGUAGGUAUCAAGUUUGCGUAUCCAUGGUGGAUCGUAGACUGCGGGAUUCUAGGGGGCGGUAGCGCCUCGUCGACUCUCCCAUCACGGACCUGCGUUUACCCGUCGAAUAUCGCCGAAGAAGAAUGGGACCAGCCAGCUGUGCUAUUGGCUUCGUACACUUGGGGCCAAGACGCCACUCGCAUGGGGGCUCUAAUCGGACCGUCUUCCGUCACCUCGGGGAGUGAUGACCCGAGGGAUGACCUGCUGGAUCUUGUCCUCCGCGAUCUCGCUCGGCAACAUCAGCAGCAUGGAAUGACGUACGAGAAGCUGCUAAAUUUGUACAUUGAUCAUCAUGCUUUCUGCUGGGGUAAUUCUCGAUUUUCGUCAGGAGCCUUUGCGCUUUUUGGUCCAGGACAAUUUACCAAUCUCUACCCUUCUUUGUCUCUCCCAGCAGCUGAUGGCAAGUUCCAUAUUGUAGGAGAGGCCGCCAGUGUCCAUCAUGGGUGGGUGGUCGGCUCGUUGAACAGUGCAUAUGCGGCAGUCUAUCGAUUCUUGCUUCGAUACGGACAACAACGGGCCAUUCAGAAGCUGGAGAAGAACUGGGGAACCGUGCAUGAGUUGGAUCUUGCAGGUGUUGCUCGUUUUGAUACGCCUAAUUGA